ACACUCAAAACAAAAGUCAAAAUUGCAAAUGUCAAUAAAUAUCUACCGUGUGAAAUAAAGUUUGUUGUAUUUUUGUAAACAAUUGUUUAUUGUCCUAAUAAUGGCUCAUAUUCAGUUUGUGGAUGAAUUAGUAAGAGAAUAUUUAUUGUACCGAGGAUUCACAUCUACUGUAAAGGCGUUUGACAACGAUUUAAAGGCUGAUAAAGACAAAGGAUUUCGAGUGGACAAAAUAAUCGAACAAAUAAUGCACUAUAUUAAUACUUCAGAUUUAAAUGGUCUGAAGGAGUACUGGUCACAUCUCGAUAGUUUGGUGUUUUCCAAAUUAGAGAUCCAUGUGCAACCUGCUGUACGUAAAAUAGAAUACAGUCUAUACAAACUAUACAUAGUAACUGCAUCACAGAGUGCUGGAGGCGUGAAGAAUGAGAAGGUUGCAGAGUUUUACGUUAAGAUGAUACCGGAACUGCAAGGCCAGAGCGAGUGGAAGGACUGGUUCAUUCUACCCUUCAUAUCAAAGCCCGAAGAGACUCCGACGUUCAGCAUGUAUUACACGCGCGCAUGGCAAGACAGCGUGCUCGUCUCCCUGCACAACCUGCUGGCCACAGUGUUUCAAUGCAUGCCCCAACCCACGUUGACGAGCUACGAAAGUGAUGCUGCGUUGGUCAAGCGGUUGCAGGAUAAGUUGGCUGUUGUGUCUGGAAAGACCCAACAACAAACAGCAGAAAAAACUUCACCAAUCGGACAUCAAUCGCGGUUAAGUCAAUAUUCAGAGCGUCUCAGUGGACCGUUACCUUUAGUGGAUGACUUCUGCGCGGUACCCUCGGAGCAGUUAGACAGCGGAGUCAGAGAAGCUAAGGGACUCCGCGGUCUCCUUCGACAGAUGGGAGGCAGUCCCGUCAUGGGCAGGAAAUCCGGCCGUUCGCAAAGCCAAAAUUAAUAUUAGUUAAUAAUGUAUGCUUUAAGUGUUAUAUUCAUUCCUAUGUUAUAUGUGAUGAUGAAUUAAUGUAUUUUCGAGUAAAUGAUGUGACAAGUUUAUGAUUUUGUUA